AUGGCCAGCCCUUCCCCUAUCACCUUCUCCGCCUGCUCCUCCGCUUCCUCCUCCUCAGCCAGCCUCUACUCCAUCCCGCCCGACUCCGAUUCCGUCUCCGACGAUUCUUUCUCCUCCGCCGCUGCCGGUUUCCUCACACCCCUCGAAGACCCCGCCCCCGUCGCCGAGGUCCCUUCCGUUUACCACCUCUCCUUCAACCAGGACUACGGAUGCUUCGUCGCGGGCCUCGACAACGGGUUCCGGAUCUACAACGCCGACCCGUUCAAGGCCCUGUUCCGCCGCGACAUGGAUUCUACUUCUUCCCCCUCUUCCUCCUCCUCGCGCGGCGGAAUCGGGCUCGUAGCCAUGCUCUUCCGAUGCAACGUGCUCUGCUUCGUCGGCGGCGGGACCGAGCCGCUCUACCCGGCGAACAAGGUCAUGAUCUGGGACGACCACCUAUCGCGGUGCUUCGGCGAGCUCUCCUUCCGCUCCGAAGUGAGGAACGUGAGAAUUCGGCGCGACAAGAUCAUUGUCGUCCUGGCUCAGAAGAUUUUCGUCUACAAUUUCGUGGAUUUGAGGCUCGUGCAUCAGAUUGAGACGGCUUUGAACAGUAAGGGGAUUUGUGAGGUUUCGCAUACUUCGUCGCCGAUGGUCCUGGCGUGCCCUGGCUUGCAGAAGGGGCAAAUUAGGAUAGAGAAUUAUGGUUCGAAGAGGACCAAAUUCGUGAUGGCACAUGAUUCCAGGCUAGCUUGUAUGAGCAUGACCCAAGAUGGGAGGUUGCUAGCCACUGCGAGCACUAAAGGCACUUUGGUUCGAGUUUUCAAUGCCUUGGAUGGUUCCUUGCUUCAGGAGGUUAGGCGAGGCGCAGACAGAGCAGAAAUCUACAGCCUUGCAUUCUCCUCGGAUGCUCAUUGGCUAGCGGUCUCUAGUGACAAGGGAACCAUCCAUGUCUUCAGCCUCAAGGUCGAUUCAGGGUCAUUGGCAACACUGACAAAUGAUCGAUCACAAGUGGUGGCUGCUCAGAAUCCUUCCAAUGGUUUGGGCAUUUCAUCUCUUUCCAUCUUGAAAGGUGUGUUGCCAAAGUAUUUCAGCUCAGAGUGGUCUGUGGCUCAGUUCCGAUUGCCAGAAGGCUCGCAGUACCUUGUUGGAUUUGGCCAGCAAAAGAACACGGUUAUCGUCAUCGGACUGAAUGGAAGCUUUUACAAGUGCGAGUUUGAUCCUGCCAAAGGGGGAGAGAUGACGCAGUUGGAACACCACAAUUAUCUUAGUGCCGACAAUUUCUUGAAGCCAGGAGAAACUUUCACCAAGACAAUGUAG